AUGAAGACAUCCGUCGUGCCUGAGUUGCGUGGCCGUGGCCUGACCCUGAUGGGUUUCCUGGAGCCUAGUCUGGGCUUUGUUUGGGGCGAGCCCAUCAAGGUGAGACAACAGAAACCGGUGGAUGAAAAGUACCUGGACGAGGUUCACGCAAAAGUGGCUGAAUCAGUCAAAGACAUCUUCAGCCGAUACAAGGCUCGAUUUGGCUAUGCAGAUGAUGAGAUCCUGUCCUUGGUAAGUGCGGCAGAUGCAAAGAAGAAGGCGACGAGUCCAAAGGCGAACCACAAAAAGACUUCCUGA